CGUCUGCGCCCUAAGGACGGUGCGCGCCCUUGUUCCUUACUGGACUAUGAGGCUCUAAACAGGAGGCCUAUUUUAUUAAUAGUACCAGAGUUUACUGAGUAUUAAAUAUGGCAUGGGUAGGCAUCACUUACGUAUCAAUUAUUGAUGCUAUUUAUUUUUAUGUCUAUUAUUUAUGACACGCAACUGGCAUUCACAAGGGGUUUUUUUCUUAAUUAUCUUAGCCACACUUCCCUCACCUGUAGGACACAGUAACGCGCACACUGUAGACGAUCAGUAAAUACCUGUCAAAUACCUACACAUAGGAAAGAAUACCUGGCAAGAAUGAGUCCACUUCCUACCACGCCUACCCCCUUGAAGAAUUACAUUUUCCCUUACGCUUGGCUCGACGCACUCCUGUGAAGUACAGAGCGACACUUACUUCCCAGGGCCCUUUAUCCGCCUCCGUCUGUCAGGUGCCGCAAUGUUUUAUGGGAAAAGUAGUUCUAGGGCUCGUCGUUCGGUCCGCGGCAAACUCAGCCCAAACUAAACUUCCCAGCAAGCAGCGCGCCGGCCUGGGAAGAUAGGCAAGAUGGCGGAUCGCGAAGAUGGUGUUUUGAGGUCGGCGGGGCACUCCUCUGCCCCAAUUUCGUUCAGCUUCAGUCGCACGGCCGCCCGAAGACGGCUGGCAGACCGGGGAGAAGGCCUGGGUGCGGCUCCGGAAGAGAAGGAUUUCUUGAAGACCGUGGAAGGGAGAAAGUUGCAGAGUGUGAAUCCCUCAGAAGCCCCCAAGGAACUCAUCAUCCCUUUGAUCCAGAAUGGCCUCCGAAGACAGCCACCAGCCCAGGCCCCGGGCCCAUCCACAGAUAAGGAGGCUGUGGUGGAUGGGGUGCUGUCCCAGGCUGUGAAAGAGCUCAUUGAGGAAUCCAAGAAGUCUCUGGAGGAGAGAGAGAAUGCGGGUGUCGACCCCACGCUCGCUAUCCCCAUGAUCCAGAAAGGAUGCAACCCCAACGAGGAAGGGUCAGACAGCGAACGCCAAGCUGAGACAGUGCCCAAGGAGGCUGAUUAUGAGGCAGUCCCUGUGGAGGCUUAUGGGCUGGCCAUGUUGCGGGGCAUGGGCUGGAAACCUGGCCAAGGCAUCGGCCGAACCUUCAAUCAAGUGGUGAAGCCUCGUGUCAACUCGCUGAGGCCUAAAGGGUUAGGGCUGGGCGCCAGCCUGACUGAGGUCCAGGCACUGGCCCCCACCGGCCCCCACCGCCUGCUGAGGCCAGAUGAGGAGCAAGAGAAAGAUAAGGAAGACCAGCGUCAAGGACUGGUGCCUGGAGGAGCUGUGGUGGUUCUUUCUGGCCCUUACCGAGGCCUCUAUGGCAAGGUGGAAGGCCUCGAUCCUGACAAUGUUCGGGCCAUGGUUCGUUUGGCUGUGGGGAGCCGCAUGGUGACUGUUAGUGAGUACUGCCUACAGCCUGUCUCCCAGCAGGAAUUUGACAAGAACUCCUUGGAUCUCAGCCAGGUGAGCAAAACUUCUCCAGGGCAACAGAAUGGAACAGCCUCGUCGUCACUGAAGGCCUUCCCGAAUCAGGACCUCCCCACCCGGCGGGGAACAGAAGAGAGGAAGCGGAAACACCUUCCAGACCGACAAGACAAGACUACAUCCAAGAGUGAGAAAGUGGCCUCCAGGAGACAGCACUGGUUGCACAGGGACCUGCGUGUGCGGUUUGUGGAUAAGCUGCACAAGGGCGGGCAGUAUUACAACACCAAGAUGACAAUUGAAGAUGUCCUCAGCCCAGAUACUUGUGUGUGUCGGACGGAUAAAGGCCAGGUCCUGGAAGGUGUCAGGGAAGACAUGCUGGAGACCCUCAUCCCCAAGGUCCAGGGCAAACGGGUGAUGGUAGUGCUGGGGCCACAGUCUGGAAGGGUGGGCCGUCUGCUGGGCUGGGACAGAGAGCAGAGCCAGGCUGUGGUUCAACUGCGGAGAGAGAAUCGACUCGUAGAGCUUCACUAUGAUGCUGUCUGCGAGUACAUGGGCCCCAGUGACUCAGAUGAAGACUGACCCAUGGACUCAUUCACUUCCCCAGGCACUUACCAGUUCUGUACAGUUCGAAAAGCUCACCUUUGUGAAGGUGGGGAGGUCAUUGUUGCAUCCUGUACUUGCAGUGCAGCCCUGGGACAGGGACAGGGCACAAAAUGCAUAGACCAGAGGGAGGCUGGAAAGAAACCUAGUAUUUACCAGCAGUUAGUGUAAAAUAAAAACCAUUGCAAUUAUUUAGUAAAAUGAAGAGCUCAUAAUUGGUGUGCUGAGCUGUGAGUGGAGGUGGGAGCCAUGCUGAGGUGGGAACCAUUUCAUUUUUCAGCCCCAUCCCCCUGCUUGGGCUGCCAGACAAUGUAAAGGAUCCAUUCACUGCCCUGGCCGAGCAUUGUCCCAUACACUAAAAGGUUGCUUGUUCAAUUUAUGGUCAGGGCACAUGCCUAGGUUGUGGGUUUGAUCCCCGGUCGGGGCACAUACAGGAGGCAGCUGAUCAAUGUUUUUCUCUCCCAUCAAUGUUUCUCUCACUCACUCUCUCCCCCUCCCCCCUUCCCUUUCUUUUUCUCUAAAAUCAAUUAACAUCCUCGGGUGAAGAUUUUUUAAAAAAGGAUCCAUGCCGUGGCUGGUGUGGCUCAGUGGAUUGAGUGCUGGCCUGUAAACCAAAGGGUUGCCAGUUCAGUUCCCAGUCAGGGCACAUGCCUGGGUUAUGGGCCAGGUCCCUGGUUGGGGGUGCAUGAGAGGCAACCACACACUGAUGCUUCUCUCCCUCUCUUUCCCCAUCCCUUCCCCUCUCUCUGUAAAUAAGUAAAUAAAUAAAUCUUUAAAAUAAAAGGAUCCAUUUGCUCACAAGCUCACUUGGAACACAGAAGCUAUGAAAUUUGUCCCCUAAGCAGAUAAUACGGAGUUGAACACAUCUCUGGACAAUUUUCUAAGCAAGGAUCCUAACAGUGGCUCUGCUUCUUGGUCCUGCGCAGACGCCCAGAGGAUCUCUUGAGGCAGUG